AUGGAGCAGCUCCUUUCCAAACCGAACGUAGUGUACACGAAGGCAGACCAAUGCCAAUACGGACUCCGUGGAGAAUCUGGCCAACCCCAAAGAAAACGGACUGGUUUCGCCACCAACAGCCCCGAGAUCGCCAAGGCCCUGAACGCUCUAUGCCCUGGCGACCAUCAACAUGAAGUCAUCAUUGGUGGCAACAAGUCCAAGAAAGCACAGAUUUAUCCGGAAGGUCUUCGGGAAGCCAUCCUUGCGGCCUACUCACGCUCGAUUGGAGCUGAGGACGAUCAGAUCAAGUCGAAAGCGUUCUACCUGGUCCACCAUGGGAACUACAUGCUGAAGAACCACGAGGUGAGGAUGAUGAAGGAGACCAUGAACCGGAAGGCGAUGAACAACCAAAUGCACCACUACCUCUGGAACGUCGCUUCACUAUGGACCGACUUUUACAUCGAGCACAUGUCGGAAUGGGACAUCCGAGAACUCAGCUUCAACGAAUGUGUUGGAGUAGAUGUGGUCUUCUUGCCAACUUUGGGCAAUCGCUCUAGGCACCACAGGAAAACCUUCCUCAACCUCCUGCAGCAGAAGAUCCGCGAGAACAAGAUCAUGACGAACUUCCUGCUGAAGAAGGACCAGGAGAACAACUAG